AUGUCGAGCCAGGAUACCUCUCCAACGCCGUACGAUCGACCUGAUGGUGUCACGAUCUACCACGAGUCGACGUCAGUGGUGGCCGUCAUCGAAGGUAUCACCAUUGUCGUUAUCUUCCUCGGAGCGCUGGUCGCCAAUCUGAUUGCGUUGGCGACGAUUCUUCGAGACAAGGUUCUGAGAAGGAACCUUCAUAACUGGCUGAUCCUGAACCUCAUCAUAAACGAUCUUGGCUUUACAAUCAUGAACAUAUCAUUCCUCGUAGUAUCCGUGUUCGACAACGGCAAUUUUCUCUAUCACAACAAGGUUGUGUGUUUUAUUAACGGGAACGUUCUUUUUGCCUUCGGGAACUUUAUCACAGUCUUGGCAAUCUCCGUGGACCGCUACUUGGCCGUAGUCUGGUCGGCCCGCUUCCCUCCUUCCCAAUCAAGAACCAUCGUCUUUAUCGUCUUCUGUUGGGUCGCCGCCAUUGGAUCCUCCUUUCCCUCCUUAUUCGGAGUCGUCUCUGCGAUUGGGUACCAGGAAAUUUCCCAGUCUUGCUGCUCUCCAGAGUGGCAGGAAGACUGUUUUUAUUCCACGAUCCUCAACGUCAUCAUCUAUGUAGUCAUCGUACCUACGAUGGUUUUCUGCUAUGUUGGUGUGUUCUUGAACGUGUGGCGUCAACAACGGUUGCUUAGGUCCUACGCCGACGAGAAACCUAGUAUCGUGAGCAACGUAUGUUCCGUAGAAGACAACGACGAUGAUGAUGACAACCACGACCAUGUGACCGAUACUGACCAUGACAUGCAACUGGAUGACAUUGACCAGUCGAGUGAAGGGCCUACCUGCUCGGAUCUUACUCCAGGGCCUAUGGACUACUCCCAGUCUUCAAACAUCGAGGAGCCUGACGCUGAACAUGCUGAAGGAGAAAACGAGGAGAAAAAGACUAUUCAACAGGAAAAUAUGAUGACAGGAACCAAGAAAAAAGAUCGUAGGUCUAUGCAGAAGAAACUCAACAUUGACAAAAGAGUUGCUCUGACUGGAACCCUCCUGGUGCUAACCACCUUGGUCUGUUGGUCACCGUACUGCAUCGUCUACUCUUGUCUUCUAUCCAUCAAUAUCCCCCAUUGGAUGGGCGUGGCCACGGUGUGGCUAGGUUACUCCAACUCCCUAUUCGACCCUCUAAUCUACUCGUUCAUGAAUAGACGAAUUGCAGCCCGUUAUCGUGACAUGUUCAGACGUUGGUCGGUUGGAUUGAAUGCAGUAAUCAGAUGUAACUCCGGAGAAGCAUGA